AUAACUUUGUUCGUUUACCUUUUUUUUGAGUGCUAAUAAUUUGAAGAAAUAAAUAUAAAAUGCAUUAUGCUAAAUGGGAUCCUGAGGCCGUGUUGCGCGAACAAAAUAAAUCUUUUAAUAGAACGCGCAAAUUCGCUUUGGCCUUUUGGAAAACGUUGAACAUACAAAAGUCGUAUAAAUUGCAUUAUGUCAAGAUCUUUCUGAUUUCGCUGGUUUUCCUUCCCAUUCUCGUUUUGCUGCGUGGCUUGACUAUACCGAAGGUGGAGAACAAAGUGCUGCAUGAUCCCGUGGACAUCGAUAGUCUGGAGAAAAUGCACGAGACGCUGGCCCAAUUGCAGCACAAUUCAAGUGAGUUGUUGAUCAUGAAAUUGUAUUAUACGCCCAGGUGCAAACCAUGUGACAACAUCAUUGCCACGACUGUGGAGAAGUUGAAGUUGGAUGGUUACGAUCAUGUUGCCGAUGACAACGAAAUGGAGUUGCGCAUGCAGCAGACAAAUUACCUGGCGGGUGUUAAAUUUCUGGGAAUGGAAAUGAACAUCACCGAGAUGCCCAUUGUCCUUGAUUAUGAGUUGCGUUUUCCCCCUGUGCUGCGAACUUCGCCGGAUCCCAAGAAUCCACUGCUCUGGGGCACCGAUAACAUAUAUUCACAGGCUUACAAUCCUAGUGGUGAGGAGCACAGAUCAAAUUACACAGGCGUUCCUCCUGGCUACUUUGAAGAAGGUUUCGUGCAACUCCAGCAUGCGAUUGCUAUGUCAUUCCUCGAGCUAAAGUCGGGCCAUAAAGAUCUCACCAAUAUGGUUAUACCACAAAUACAAAUGGUCAGCUUUCCGAGGCGAAGACAUGUGCGUGACGAGUACCUCACGCAUCUGAAGAUACUGCUGCCCCUCACCAUACUUUUCACCUACGCAUUUCCCAGCAUUUCCAUCGUCAAGGCGAUUACGGAUGAGAACGAACGCGGCAUAAUGAAAAUGAUGCGCAUCGAGGAGCUGAAUUGGUGUGCUUGGUUCUCGAUCAUAUUUUUAUCGCAGGUGACUGCAAGUCUAAUUAUACUGUUAAUUUUAUCACCUUCCUAUGGUUCUCAUGCCAUCUUUGAGUACAGCAAUUGGGUAGCUGUGUUCUUCUUCCUCGUCUGCUAUGUUUUCGCCAAUUGCAGUUUUAUACUCAUGAUCUCGGUGGUCGUUGUGCGCAAGAGCAAGAAUGCGAGAUAUGCGCUAAUGAUGCGACUGAUUACAAUUGCUCCUUAUACAUUUAUGUUAGUCUUUAGUCAUAAGUUGCCCAUGAGCUACAGCCUGUUGGCCUGUUUAUCGCAUGACACUGGACUCGCAAUUGGUUUGAAUAUCAUUUUAGAGUUUGAGAGUAGCGGCGAAGGAUUCGCUUGGAAGAACUUUCGUAAACCGCAUUUUGCUGGCGAUACUUUGUGCUGUUCGCAUGUCUGUGGCAUGUUGCUGCUGGACUCGGUCAUUUAUAUGUUAAUCCUCGUUUAUCAACACUAUAAAAAUCCACCGGAGUUAUAUGUGAUGCAAGUGGACAAGCAAACUGUGGCAAAGAAAUGGUAUUACCCAUUAAAAGCUUUAUAUGAACACCUCAAGAGGCAAAAGGAGAAGGGUCCGUUGCUUAGCAGAUUUCUCUGGUUUCUCGUUGUGCAUCUCACUGUGCAUGAGGAUGAUCUGUAUGAAAAUAAAGAUGCAGCCAGUGUCGAGCACAUUGGCGAUAAACGUAACCAAACUGUGCGUCCCAGCAAUAUGGUGGAUGUUGGCACAAUGACAACGCGACGACUUAAUCCAGCUUCCACCUCGGAUAAGGACCUGAAACUGAACUUUAGAUCAACAGGCUCAACCAGAAUUCAACGAGAAGCUGCCCAUAAACGCAGAGUUGCCAAUGAGCCACCGGACAGCUCAUCGAGCUUUGAGAGCAUUAAAGGACAGCCAGAGCGUCUGCAUGCCUGGAGUUCGGUGGAUGAAAGUUCAUUCAGCAGCGUUGAACCUGAAUCGUUGCACUCUUUUAAUUUUCGGCGGCAUGAAAAAACCAGACGAGAACCCGAAAGCGAUUCUGUUGGCGAUACGGAUUACUUAAAUGACAUCACGAUGAUCAUACAUCCGAAUGAAAUAACCGUGAUACUCAAUCAGAAAUGCGAUCACAAUAAUAUGCUGCUCAGUCACAUCAUCACAGGGGAUGUGAAAAUGUCUUCGGGUCGCGUCAUCAUCGAUGGCAACGACGUACAGAACUAUAAGGGAACGGAUACCUUGUGCACUAUCUUGCGAACGGAUAGCAUUGUCUUCAGUCAGUUGACUACGAUCGAGAAUCUUUACUUCUAUAUGCAUUUGCGUGGCAUGCGCAACUAUCGUCAGAUUGUGCGUGAGACACGCAAAUAUAUUUCACUGCUUAAAAUGGACAUUGAUGAGGCGGAAUGUUUGGCCGAUAAUAUGAGUUUUGGCCAAGCGCGUUGCUUGAGUGUUUGCUGCACUUUGUGCGGCGGUAAUCAUGCUGUCAUUAUUGAGGAUCCGUCGCAGGGUUUGACUAGUCAAUGGAAAUAUCGCAUGUGGGAUUUACUUAAACAUGCGGGACUCUCACGGGUGCUUAUUGUGAAUACUUCGUAUUGUGAUGAAGCUGAGUAUCUGGGCGAUCGCAUUGCUGUUGUCUAUUGUGGUCUCUUGCAGUGCUAUGAUCGUAAUUUGAGUCUGCAUGAAAAGUUCUGCAACAAUUACAGUUUACUUGGCGAUGUUUUGUCGGGCACCAAAGCACAGGAUUAUGAAUUUAUGACGUUGUUGCGGCAGUAUUUUCCCAGCAAUGCUGUGAUCAAAAAUUUACCCAGUUCGGGUAAAUUGGAUGUUACAUUGCCCAUGGGAAAUGAUCUUCGACUGGCCGAUCUUCUCGAUGACUUGCAUCAAAGGAGCACUACCAUGGGCUUAGGACGUUUGUGGGUGAAGGUGCAAACGUUGCGCGAUGUCUUUAUGAAGGACUUUUCGGAUAUCUCCGAUCAGAUUGAUGUGGAGGUCAUGAAUGAGGAGCUGCAACGCUGCUUUCACAGUAAAGUCACCGAGGAGGAUGAGUUCAAACGCACUUGUCUGCAAUUUGGGGCCUUUAUACACAAGAAGAUUAUACAAUUGACACGUUUCUAUUGGCUACCCAUUACUAUAAUCGUGCUGCUUUCCGCUUGUGUCUUUUUCAACUGGCAAAGCUCGCACUUUUCGCAUCUGCCGCGUGUAAAUAUUACGCUGACGACUUAUCCAGAGACUGUGGUGCUGAUGAAGCGUACGGAUUUGAGCGAAGAGAUGGUCACAUAUUCCAUAACCAAAGGCUAUGAGAAGCAUCAUCGUCGUCUCAGCGAUCGUGAUCAGCACGAGGAUCAUGUGUUCACCUAUUUGGUGGGUAGGCGAGAAUUGAAACCUUAUUUGAUCUUCUUGCAAAUGAUAUCCAUAUUGCGUGUGGCCACAUUUUAUGUGGUUGCUGCCGACGUCAGUCCCGAUUCGAUAUUGUGUUUCUGGAACAACAAAUUGGUGCAUGCGGCUCCGAUUUCUUUGAAUAUGAUGCACAAUGCCUUGGCUAUACAUUUGAUUGGACCGCGAUCGGAAAUACGACUGGCCAAUCAUCCCAUCACGUUUUCCAACAAACUAAUACUCGAGCAGUAUAACAUACACUCGGGGAUGGUGUUGGGUUUGGGCAACCUGAUCAUCUUGGUGUUGUGUGCGAGUAUUGCUUUGAUGGUGGUGCCUCUGAUAUCGGAAUUCACUACAGGAAAUCGGCGUGUCAUAUACUUGAGUGGCAACAAUAUGACCAUGUAUUGGGUGUCGCAUAUGCUGGCUGAUAUGUUUGUCUUUACAGUCGUAAUUAUCUAUCUCGUUGUGCUGCUAGUAGUGCACGAUAUCGUGGUUAAUGCAGAUAAGCGGAAUUAUGACGAUGGUCUCUUUGUGUUCAACAUGUUCCUGGUGCUGUUUCUCUUUGGCAUGGCUGUAUUGCCCUUUGUCUAUCUAAUUGCGGCGCUCUUUGCGCGUAUCUUCUUUGGAUUCAUGGUAACGUUGUUUAUUCUGGGUGGCAGCAGUGUGCUGAUCAUGCUGGUCAUCCAAUUGACUGAGCUGCGUGGCUCCGAGUUUAUCUACACGUUCUUCUUUUGGUCAUCUACGAUGAAUAUGUAUCGUGGGCUGCGCAAACUGCAUGUGAAUCGCGCUCUGCGAAGAGCUUGCGAACAGUUGGGCGGCUGCAAAUUCGAGGCUGCGUGUUGCCAUCUGGCUGGCUAUGCGGACUAUGAAUACCCGGGCAUCAUGACGGAGCUGGUGUUGCUUGUGUUGCAGCUGUUUGCUUAUGGCUAUCUGUUGGUCGUCAUUACGAAGCAUCCGUUUAUUGUCGAGGAUUGGAUUUGGCGUAUACGACAGCGUUAUAAGCGAACUGCGCGAAGUUUCAGGAAGACAAUAAAUUUAUCCUUCCAUGAUGUUUGGGAUGAGCAUGAAAAAGUUGAUCAAUUGAAUUCGUAUGAGAUGAUGAAAUUACCUUUGGUGUUCAAAGAUGUCAGCAAACGUGUGGGCAAUCAAAAUAGACUGAAUAAUGUUUCCUUUAUGGUCCAGCCACGUGAAGUUUUUGGCAUUGUAGGCAUGCGACAUUCGGGAAAAUCGGACAUCAUUUCAAUGACUGUGGGUGCCGAGAGCAUCACGAGUGGCGACAUCUAUGUGGCAGGCAUCAGUGUGCGUCAGCGGCCGAAGGAGACGUAUACACAUCUCGGCUAUUGUCCCGGUGGCAAUGCUUUACUUGGUUACAUGUCUGUCCGGGAAAUAUUACGUUUCUAUUGCCUCUUGAAUGGGAGGAAAGUGGAGUUGGUGCCACAGAUCAUUGACAAUCUGUGCGAUGCCUUGAAUCUCAAUAUGUAUAUGCACACACGCAUCGAUCGUUUGGGUUUCUCCCAAAGACGAAAGCUGACUGUGGGCAUCUCUGUGUUGUCCAGCACAAAUACCGUGAUGAUGGAGGAGCCAACGCGCGGCAUGGGACAGUGGAGCAAGGUGGCCACGUGGCAGCUGAUACGCAUUUUGAAGCACAUUGGUCGCACGGUUGUUAUGGCCACCGAGGACUUUGAUGAGGCCAUCGAACUGUGCGAUACAAUCGCAUAUCUGGCCAAUGGGUCGCUGCGCAGCAUUGGCACCGUGGAUCAAUUGACGAGCCUUCAUUCGCGUGGCUGUCUCGUGGAAAUGAAGGUGAUCAAAGUGAUUUAUACGCGCCAUCGUAGCGUUGAUCCCUAUGUCAGUCUCUUGGGUUCAAGUUACUUCGAGGAGAAUAGCAGCCACAGCGAAGAUGAGGCGGAACGGCGGCGACGUGGCAAUUACAGCUUCUCCAGCAACGAGAAUGAUUCGUGGCACACUAAGGCAAUGAGGCAUCAGGAUGCUGCCAGUUUCAUGGAGGCGGAGCUGCCGAUGGCCGAGUUGCGUGGCAGUUACGAUCAGCAUCGAGUCUACUAUAUUCCCUUUGAAGCCAUACCAUUGUCGAGCGUGUUCAGAGCCAUGGCAGCGGUUCAAGUGGAGCUGGAUGUGUACAGCUAUCGCAUCACCUGCACUUCGCUCUCCGAGAUAUACGAGUCGAGCUCAAGGCAACAUGUGCGGCAUUUUGAUAGAAAGUAAACUUCUUUAUACUGAUUUGAAUUUAAUUAAAAUUUAUGAAAUAUUGCGA